AUGGGGAAAAUUCCAUCAAAGACACACAUGCACCAGAAGGGUGGAAUUCUUGGAAAUAACUGGAGAUAUUCAGCAUGUUCAACAUGGGCAGCGCUUAUGGAUUCAACUGGCCAUCAUGGAGCAGUACUGUUCACACUCGGUACAUAUGCUGGUUCAGCUUCGACGUUACCUCUGUAUGAGAUGGAAAAGCUGUCUCGGGCAUUCAGUGCUAUUCCUCAGCUUGUCAUCUGGCAAAUGAAGGGAAAACCACCCCCAGAACUUCAAGUAGGAGAGAAUACCAAAAUCAUGUCAUGGGUACCACAGAAUGAUUUGUUAGGGCACCCCAAUAUGAAGGCGAUGGUCUUUCACGGUGGUAAUAAUGGAAUGUACGAAGCCCUUUACCAUGGUGUGCCUAUGGUAGUCAUGCCUCUCAUCUUCGACCAUCCCGACGUCGCAACCCGUGUCGUCGACCGCGGAAUGGGCAUUGAGGUCAAUUUCUUUUCAUUCACCAGCGAAGAACUUGCGAAAGCCAUUAAUGACGUCAUCCACAAUUCAAGCUACAAAGAGAACGUCCUUCGAUGGUCUUCCAUCUUUAAAGCCAAUCCUCAGCGCCCAAUGGAGAGAGCUGUCUAUUGGAUCGAGCAUGUCUUAAAGUAUGGUGGAGAUUACCUUCGAACGUCUCGAACGGAUCUCUAUAUGUGGCAGGUCUAUUCGAUCGAUGUCUACGCCUUUCUCCUCUUCGUCAUCUAUCUGUGCUACCGAGUCCUCAAAUUCAUUUACAUCAGGCAGUAUUUUCGAAUUGUGUGGAGCCGGUUUUGCAUCAUCAUAGGUUAUCCGCUUCGGAGGGUUUGUCCGGCGUCCCUCCGAUUACAACUCAACAUGAGUGGCAAUCUUGGUAGGCGAUUCUGGAGAAGGCAUCCUCCUCGGGAGAACGGAAAAGUGUGAAUUCUGUUCUGAGUUGUUAAACUCUGGUAAUUUUUUAGAGCCCAUUUUUAGACAAGAAACAGUUUUAUGUUUUAAGAAUUUCGCCCAAGUUAAAUUAUGUCUCAGCUAAGGCCAGUCCAUCAGAUGAGACGAUUGUUUGUGUUUUCCAAAGAUGCCAUUGAUUUUCAUAUUAUCAUGCUUGACUUGUCUUAAUAUUAUUUGUAUGAAAAGAAUACCAGGGGCCGCUUCAUAAAAGCUGUAAAUUACGCUUGAUUUUACUGGCCGUUUCUUGCGGGGGAAUAUUAUACCCCUAAAUGUGACUGUUGAAUAGUCGUGCGUAAACUAGUCUGUAACUUACGAAAAGCUCUAUGAAA